CCUGACUGUUCAGAAACCACGUGCGAGUUCAUUCAUCAGCUGUUUUGACCGGUUCUUCAUUUGUGUUCAUUCUUUAGUCAACAAAAAAUAAGCGCUUGAUAUCUUUCUUACGUAGUUUCGCGUAUCCAGACAAAAUGCUGCUCCGCCACCUGCAACGACGUUCCAUUUCUACGUCGUCCCAGUUGGCCUCCUUCGGAAGAUGGUACCGUGGCCUGUGGCAGCAGAAGUCGUCCAAUGAGCCUCCCUACGGUCAUGUAACCCAAAUUGGCGACCCGGUUCUACGGCAGACCGCAGCAAUGGUUCCAGUGGAGGCCGUCACAUCACCGGAAGUUAAGUACCUAGUGAAGCACAUGGUCCACGUUAUGCGCAAAUAUGAUUGCGUAGGAUUGGCCGCGCCUCAGAUUGGAAUUUCGUUGAAGAUCCUGGUGAUGGAAUUUGAGGACCGGCUAAAGAAGCACUACACCAAUGCCGAGUACAAGAUUAAGGAAAUGGAAACACUGCCACUGACGGUGAUGAUCAACCCGGAAAUGAAAAUCACAAACUACGAGAAAAUAAGUUUUCCGGAGUCUUGUGCCAGCGUAAAAGGAUACAGCGGAGAGGUGGCCCGAUAUGCUGGCGUUUUGUUGAGUGGACUGGAUGAAAACGGCCAAAGCAAGGAAAUGGAACUGAAAGGGUGGAACGCUCGUAUUGCUCAGCACGAGAUGGACCACCUGAAUGGAAUUGUCUAUACGGACGUUAUGAAGCGAGACUCUUUUACGUGCACCUGUUGGCAUGCGGUGAAUGAAAACCAUGGAAGGGUAAGGAUAUCCUUUCAUCAGAAGUAAUUAGGGCGGUUUAUAGAUCUUUAGGAAAUACAUUUUGAUUGCCAGCA